AUGUCCUCCCACGGUGAUGCGGUCCCCGAAGCAUCGUGCGACUCUGGUUCGAGCGAUGUCCCCGAGCUCCCUCCCCCGCCGAACCCUGCCUCCGAUCCCAGUCUUCUGACGGGCGACCACGAGGAUGACAAUCCACGAUCGCCGCCACCGCUACACGAUGAUAUAUUCAAAAUCUCCCCGAGAUCAGCUAUGAGGCUGCUUAGUUCGGGCGUCGAGGCUCUAACACGCAUAACUGGCGAUAUUCCGCCUACCCCACCCCCCACGAGUCCGACUCUGCCUCACAUGCGAGGUAUUCAGUUCGAAAAAGACAGCAUCAUACGGUCGAAUUCGGAGAAGAAUCUUCUACGCAUGCGCCAGCAGGCCGAGGCUGCUGCCCUUGCGGCUCGUGAAGAGACUUCGGCGCCGCAGCCGAUUGACGGUGUUCACCUUCGACCAAGCUCCACUCCAUCGCCCCACGGCCAGCAGCAGCAUGAGCCGUACAUCAUAAUCGGCGAGAAUUCACAGCCAUUGAACCUCCAGCACGGCGCCAUUACGCGAAAGUUCUACUCCAAAAAACCGCCACCGAUCAGCAUCGAGGACUAUCUUGCUCGAUUACACCGGUUUUGCCCCAUGAGUACCGCGGUGUACCUGGCUACAAGCCUGUAUAUUCAUCGCCUCGCGGUCGAUGAACGAGCGAUACCUGUGACACGUAGGAAUUGUCACAGGUUAGUUCUCGCGGGAUUACGCGUCGCCAUGAAGGCGCUCGAAGACCUCAGCUAUGCGCACGGCAAGAUGGCCAAGGUUGGUGGCGUCAGCGAAGUUGAAUUGGCCCGAUUGGAAAUCAGCUUCUGCUUUCUGGCCAAUUUCGAACUCGUUGUCAGAGAGGACGCGUUACAGAAGCACGCCGAUGUGCUCCGAGAGGGAACAUCGUUCCAUGUCCUCCGCCAGGGCGUUCCGACCCUGACGCUCAACCGAAGGCCCAAGGAAAGAAUACUCACUGCCGAGGGCAAAGAGAAUGAAGCAAAGUAA